GAUCCGUUGCCGCGUUCCGAGUGGGUGUCAUGGCGGCCGGCGUCGAGUUGGCAGGAGUUGCCUGCAGAACUGGGGGAAGUCACUAAAGCAGAGGAAGAAGUGGCUUAACCAAGAGGUGGCUCAGCCCGGAUGGUUGGAAGUCGUGGGAAAAUGAGCGGAGGCCCCUUGGGAGUGACCGUGUCACAGGAGGCGCGCCCCUGGUAAAGUCUCAGGCCAGGCCUCUGCGUUCUAGGCAGAGCCAGGCGGUUGGUGGAACCUCCGGAAGCCGGCUUCACUUAGGAACUCCUCCUUCGGCUGUAGAAUUCCGAGUGGCUGGUCCCGCGAGGGCUGCGCUUCGAGGACAUUUGGCCGGGGUCGUUCGACGACGCCGGACGCUUUUCUCGGAGCGGACCUGGUGGUCCUCUAAGCCGCAGCGAUGUCGUCCUGGCUUGGGGGCCUCGGCUCCGGCUUGGGCCAGUCUCUGGGUCAAGUCGGGGGCAGCCUGGCUUCCCUCACUGGCCAGAUUUCAAACUUUACAAAGGAUAUGCUGAUGGAGGGCACCGAGGAAGUAGAAGCAGAAUUACCUGAUUCUAGGAGAAAGGAAAUUGAAGCCAUUCAUACAAUCUUAAGAUCAGAGAAUGAGAGACUUAAGAAACUUUGUGCUGAUCUAGAAGAGAAGCAUGAAGCUUCAGAGCUUCAAAUAAAGCAGCUGUCUACAAGUUAUCGAAAUCAGCUGCAACAGAAAGAGGUGGAAAUCAGCCAUCUGAAAGCGAGACAGCUCGCGCUGCAGGAUCAGUUGCUGAAGCUGCAGUCGGCCGCUCAGUCGCUCGGUCCAGGAGCUGCCGCUGCGCCGGCAACCACAGCAUCUGCUUCAUUCAGUUAUGGGGUCAGCCAUCAUGCUUCCGCUUUCCAUGAGGACGACAUGGACUUCGGGGACGUCAUUUCUUCACAACAAGAAAUAAACAGAUUGUCGAAUGAAGUUUCAAGACUUGAGUCUGAAGUUGGCCAUUGGAGGCAUAUUGCUCAGAUUUCUAAAGCACAAGGAUCAGAUGGCUCUGAUCAAAGUGAAAUCUGCAAACUGCAAAAUAUCAUUAAGGAACUUAAACAGAACCGAAGUCAGGAAAUCGAUGAUCAUCAACAUGAAAUGUCGGUAUUGCAGAAUGCGCAUCAACAGAAAUUGACAGAAAUAACUCGUCGGCAUCGGGAAGAAUUACAUGACUAUGAAGAACGAAUUGAAGAACUGGAAAAUCUGUUACAACAAGAUGGCUCAGGAAUUGCAGUACCUGAUCACUCUGCAAUCCAGGAGAUGCAAAACACUGCUCGAGUACUACAAACUGAAAAAGUAGAGUCUACAAAAAAAAUUAAAGAACUGGAGGAUAAAAUAAAAGACAUAAAUAAAAAAUUAUCUUCUGCAGAAAAUGACAGAGAUGUUCUGAAAAAGGAACAGGAACAACUAACUGUGGAAAACAGACAAAUAAUUAAAGAAUGUGAAAGCCUGAAGCUGGAAUGUAGUAAAUUGCAGUCUUAUGCUAUGAAGCAGAGUGAUACUGUGACAGAAAAGGAAAGAAUUUGUCCACAGAGUACAUCAGUAGAAGAAGAAGUGUUCAGACUGCAACAAGCAUUAUCUGAUGCUGAAAAUGAAAUAAUGAGACUGAGUAAUUUAAACCAGGAUAACAGUCUCGCCGAAGACAAUCUGAAACUUAAGAUGCGUGUCCAAGGUUUAGAAAAAGAGAAUUCAUUAUUGAGUCAAGAAAAGGAAAAACUUCAAGUAUCACUUUCAAAAUUGAGUAAUGAAUAUGAAGUAAUUAAAAGUACAGCUACAAGAGACAUGGAUUUGGAUUCAGAAUUACAUGAUUUAAGACUUAAUUUGGAGGCAAAGGAACAAGAACUCAAUCAGAGUAUAACAGAAAAGGAAACACUGAUAGCUGAGUUAGAAGAAUUGGAUAAGCAGAACCAAGAAGCUACAAAGCACAUGAUUUUGAUAAAAGAUCAGCUAUCAAAACAACAAAAUGAGGGAGAUAGCAUCAUCAGUAAACUCAAAAAAGAUCUAAAUGAUGAAAAAAAGAGAGUUCAUCAACUUGAAGAUGAUAAAAUGAACAUCACUAAAGAGUUAGACAUGCAGAAAGAAAAGUUAAUUCAAAGUGAACUGGUCCUAAAUGACUUGCAUUCAAUCAAGCAGAAGCUAGAGGAUAAAGUAGAAGAUUUAGUAGAUCAACUUAAUAAAUCACAAAACAAUAAUUUAAACAUCCAGAAGGAGAACUUUGAACUUAAGGAACAUAUGAAACAAAAUGAGGAGGAGCUUUCUAGAAUCAGGGACAAGUUAGCUCAGCCUCUUAAUCAAGACUCUAACAGUAAUUUUAAGGAUGACUUCCUUAAAGAAAGGGAAGCUGAAAUCAGCGACUUAAAGCAAAAUCUUGCAGAAAUAGAACAGCUCAAUGAAAAUUUAAAGAAAGUUGCUUUUGAUCUCAAAAUGGAAAAUGAAAAGUUGGUUUUAGCAUGUGAAGAUGUAAGACAUCAGUUGGAAGAAUCUGUUGCUGGUAACAAUCAAAUUUCUUUGGAAAAGAACACUAUUGUUGAGUCUCUAAGAAUGGAAAAAGAACAGUUGGAAGCAGAAUUGUGUCAGGCUGAAAAGAGGCGGUUGGAAGAAGCAAACAAGUAUGAGCAAACCAUUGCAGACCUGUCCAAUGCACAGAGUUUGAAUACCUCUGCUUUACAGCUCGAACAUGAGCAUUUGAUUAAACUCAGUCAAGAGAAAGACUUUGAAAUAGCACAACUCAAGAAGAAUAUUGAGCAGAUGGAUAUCGAUCAUAAAGAAACUAAGAAAAUUUUGUCAUCUAGUUUAGAAGAGCAGAAGCAAUUGACACAACUUACAAACGAUAAAGAAAUUUUUAUUGAAAAACUUAAAGAGAGAAGUUCAGAGCUCCAGGAAGAAUUAGAUAAAUAUACUCAGGCCUUAAGAAAAAACGAAAAUUUGAAGCAAACCCUAGAGGAAAAAGACAGAAGUCUUGGAUCCAUGAAAGAAGAAAACAACCAUCUAAAAGAAGAACUGGAACGACUCAGGGAACAGCAGAGUCGGGCUGCACUUGUGGCCGAGCCUAAAACCCUUGAUUGCAUUACAGAACUAGAAUCGGAGAUUUCUCAACUGAAUGUAAUAAAGGAUAACCUUGAAGAGGAAAUAAAGCAUCACCAAAAGAUAAUUGAAGAGCAAAACCAGAGUAAAAUGCAACUCCUUCAGUCUUUACAGGAGCAGAAGAAGGAAAUGGAUGAGUUUAAAUACCAGCAUGAGCAAAUGAAUGUUGUGCACACCCGACUCUUUUUAGAGAAAGACGAGGAAAUUAAGACUUUGCAAAAAACGAUUGAAGAAAUCAAAACCCAGUUGCCUAUAGAAAGACACAACAUUCAAACAGAGAAUUCUGAUAUUUUUCAAGAAACAAAAGUUCAGAGCCUUAAUAUAGAAAAUGGAAGUGAAAAACAUGAUUUAUCUAAAGCUGAAACUGAAAAAUUAGUAAAAGGAAUAAAAGAACGAGAAUUGGAGAUUAAACUGCUAAAUGAAAAAAAUAUAUCUUUAACUAAACAGAUUGAUCAGCUGUCCAAAGAUGAAGUUGGUAAACUAACUCAGAUUAUCCAGCAGAAAGAUUUGGAGAUCCAGGCUCUUAAUGCUAGAAUUUCUUCACCUCCCUUCACCCAGGAUGUUGUUGACCUUCAACAGCAGCUGCAGGCAUGUGCUAUGGAGCGAGAACAAGUAUUAGCUGUUUUGAGUGAGAAAACAAGGGAAAAUAGCCACAUGAAAACAGAAUAUCACAAAAUGAUGGAUAUCGUUGCUGCCAAAGAAGCAGCCCUCGUGAAGCUGCAAGAUGAAAAUAAAACAUUGUCCGCUAGAUUUGAAAGUAGUGGCCAAGACAUGUUUAGAGAAACUGUUCAGAAUUUAUCACGUAUCAUUCGAGAGAAAGACAUUGAAAUAGAUGCAUUAAGUCAGAAGUGUCAGACAUUGUUGACAGUCUUACAGACGUCCAGCACCGGUAAUGAGGUUGGCGGUGUUAACAGUAAUCAAUUUGAGGAGCUUUUGCAGGAACGCGAUAAAUUAAAACAACAGGUGAAGAAAAUGGAAGAGUGGAAACAGCAGGUGAUCACCACAGUACAAAACAUGCAGCGUGAAUCAGCCCAGCUUCAGGAGGAACUGCAUCAGCUUCAUGCACAGGUUUUGGUUGACAGUGACAAUCAUUCUAAGUUACAAGUGGACUACACUGGCCUGAUCCAAAGUUAUGAGCAGAAUGAAACCAAACUCAAAAAUUUUGGGCAGGAAUUAGCCCAGGUUCAGCACAGCAUAGGGCAGCUUUGUAACACCAAAGACCUUCUUCUAGGGAAACUUGGUAUUAUUGCCCCUCCACUCUCUUCCGGGUCAUCGCUGACAUCCCUGUCAGCAGAGCUGCUUCAGACAGCUAAGUCUGAUGCAUUGAGUGAGUCUUCUCCACAAGAGAUAGAAGAGCUAAGAAAGUUGCUGCAGGAAAAAGAUGCAACAAUUAGGACUCUCCAGGAAAAUAAUCACAGAUUGUCUGAUUCCGUUGCUGCUACCUCAGAGUUAGAAAGAAAAGAACACGAACAAGCAGACUCAGAAAUUAAGCAGCUCAAGGAGAAACAAGACGUUCUACAAAAGUCGCUUAAGGAGAAAGACCUCUUAAUCAAAGCCAAAAGUGAUCAGUUACUUUCUUUAAAUGAAAAUUUCACUAACAAGGUGAAUGAAAAUGAACUUUUGAGGCAGGCGGUAACAAACCUGAAGGAGAGAACAUUAAUUUUAGAAAUGAACAUUCGGGAAUUAAAAGAGGAAAAUGAAAAAAUAAUAGAAAUAAGCAGGGGAAAGGAAACAGAGUAUCAAGCAUUACAAGAGACUAAUAUGAAGUUUUCUAUGAUGCUGCGAGAAAGAGAGUUUGAGUGCCAUUCAGUGAAGGAGAAGGCUCUUGCUUUUGAGCAACUCCUGAAAGAAAAAGAGCAGGGCAAAACUGGGGAGUUAAAUCAACUUUUAAAUGCAGUUAAAUCACUGCAGGAGAAGACAGUUACAUUUCAGAAGGAGAGAGAUCAAGUCAUGUUGGCCCUGAAACAGAAGCAAAUGGAAAAUACUGCUGUACAGAAUGAGGUUCAACAUUUACGUGACAAAGAAUUACGCUUAAACCAGGAGCUAGAGAGAUUGCGUAACCAUCUUUUAGAAACAGAAGAUUCUUAUACCCGAGAAGCUUUGGCCGCAGAAGAUAGAGAGGCUAAACUAAGAAAGAGAGUCACAGUAUUGGAGGAAAAGCUAGUUUCAUCCUCUAAUGCAAUGGAAAAUGCAAGCCAUCAAGCCAGUUUGCAGGUAGAGUCAUUGCAGGAACAAUUGAAUGUAAUCUCCAAGCAAAGGGAUGAAACUGCCCUGCAGCUUUCUAUGUCCCAGGAACAAGUAAAGCAGUAUGCUCUCUCCCUGUCCAACCUGCAGAUGGUACUAGAGCAUUUCCAACAAGAGGAAAAAGCUAUGUAUUCAGCUGAACUAGAAAAGAACAAACAGCUAAUAGCUGAAUGGAAAAAAAAGGCAGAAAAUCUGGAAGAAAGACUGCUGUUGUUACAGGAACGUCUGGAUGAAGCAAAUGCUGCGUUGGAUUCAGCAUCAAGACUCACAGAACAGUUAGAUUUAAAGGAAGAACAAAUGGAAGAACUUAAAAAACAAAAUGAGCUCCGACAAGAAAUGCUGGAUGAUGUACAAAAGAAAUUAAUGACUUUAGUGAACAGCACAGAAGGAAAAGUAGACAAAGUUCUAAUGAGAAACCUCUUUAUUGGACAUUUCCACACACCAAAAAAUCAGCGUCAUGAAGUGUUACGAUUAAUGGGAAGCAUCCUGGGUAUCAAAAGGGAGGAAAUGGAACAGUUGUUGAAUGAAGAUCAGGGCGGUGUUACCAGAUGGAUGACUGGGUGGCUUGGCGGAGGAUCAAAAAGUGUCCCCAACACACCUCUCAGACCAAAUCAGCAGUCUGCGCUGAAUAGUUCUUUUUCAGCACUUUUUGUUAAGUUUCUAGAAACAGAAUCGCAUCCAUCUGUUCCACCACCAAAGCUUUCUGUUCGUGAUAUGAAACCGCUGGAUUCACCAGGAAGGAGAAAACUAGAUACAAAUGUACCAGAAACUUUUAAAGAUACCACAGAAUCCAGGUCUGGUAGGAGAACAGAUGUGAAUUCUUUCUUGGCUCCCCGCUCUGCAGCUGUGCCUCUUAUUAACCCAGCUGGACAUGGCCCUGGCGGACCUGGGCACCUUCUUCUGAAACCCAUCUCAGACGUGCUGCCCACAUUUACACCUUUGCCAGUGUUACCUGACAACAGCGCUGGAGUUGUGCUGAAAGACCUUUUAAAGCAAUAGAUGAGUUUCAAGCCAGAAACGACAGAAACAUAGCACUUUAAAGAAACCGUGAACACUAUGUGUAUGUACUUGAUCACAAAGUGGCCUUUUGGAAAAAGUCAUGCAUUUUGUUUGUAGUUGUACUUUCUCUACAAUUAAUAAAAAUAUUGUUAGUGAUUUUAGAAAUUGCAAGUGGCACAGGAGGGUUUGCUAUAUUAUCUGCUUUUAUCCUUCUCUGAUUUGACCUAAUUUAAGCUAGAAACAUUUGAUUUUUUAUCUUAACUUAUAAAAAUAAGAAAAAUAAAAAGAAAGACAAUGCUAGUAGCUAUAUAUCAGUUCUUUAUUUUCCCCUCUGACUUUCAAGUUCAUUUAAGCUAGAGACAUGUGGUUUGUCUUUUAAAGAUAAUCAAGAGAUUUACCAAAAAAAAAAAAAGAGAGAGAGAAAGAGAAUAAUAGUAGUGGCUUAUGUACAUAGUGCAGAAAAUUGAUCUGAAGUGUAUAGUAAUCAUCUUUAGAGAACUUCGUGUAGACAGGCCAAGACGAGGCUGUCCCUGGGAGGUCAUCAGUGUCCUGAGGUAGAAUGUGUGUGUAUUUGGUUCUAUGCAAUUUUAUCACGUGUAGAUUCACGUGACCUUCACUGCUGGACAGAUACAUCCAGGACCCCUCAUGCUACCAUUUUAUAAUCAUAGCCACCUCCUUCCCUAGCCCCGUCCUUAACCUCUGGCAACCACUAACUUCUCCAUCUCUAUAAUUUUGUCAUUUCACGAGUGCUAAAUAGGGGCGGCCAGUAGCGCAGUUGGUUAGAGUGUGGUGCUGGUAGCACCAAGGUUGCCGGUUCGAUCCCUGCACGGGCCACUGUGAGCCGCGCCCUCCUUAAAAAAAAAGAAGUGCUAUAUAAAUGGAAUCAUACAGUAUGUAACCUUUUGAGAUUGACUUUUUUUCACUCGGUACAAUGCCCUUAAGAUCCGUCCAAGUUGCCUGUAUCAGCAGUUUGUUCUCUUUAUUGUUAAGUACAUACUGUGGAUAUAUGAUUUGGUUUUAAGAGCUAAGGUAUCUUUUUAAAGGUACUAUCUUAAAACGAAUUGUUUUCUUACACACAUACAUAUGACUUUCAUGUAAAGUGUUAAAUUGUACAGCUGCAUAUGGAACUGUAAUUAGCAAUAUCACUAAACACGAUACCUCCUGCCUCUGUCUGAGUUAUCGAUAUGAGAGGUAUGUCCGUCCCGGAACUGGCCAUUCUCAGCCUCGUGGUCACUGAGGGCAGGGAAUUACUUCAGCAACACUAGCACCAGGUCUUUGGAACUUCGGAGUAAGGGGGUAUUGCUUUAGUUUUUUUUAUAGACCUAUUCUAAACAAUCCUGAUUUGGAACUUAACUAUAUCAGGAUGUUCUUGUUUUUAUUAGUUGUGGAAGUUGUACAUUUAAAGACAUUUCUUGCAAAUUUUGUAAAUUUCAACAUGCCUUUAAAAUAGAAACAUCUGUAUAACAAAGAAAGGUAGAAGUGAUACUAAUCCAAAUAUGUAAAUAGCCUUGGCUCUGGCCAGGGCUAAAUUUGAUUGUUUGUAAAUUUUGCUGUGAUUAACUGUAUAAUACUUUCUACUGUAUUUAGAAGAUGGGAAGUCUUUAUGUGUUGAUACGUAAAACUGGUUUUUCUGAAGAAUUUAAUAACAGAGACAUUGCUGCUUCACAACGUCCCAUCUCCUUAGCUAACCUAUUUAUAUUGCCAUUUUUUAUUCAGUAUACUUUAAAGGAAGUUGUCGUACCAGUUCUAUAUUAGAACUGUCAAACUGCCUCUUGUCUG